UCUGUUAAAAAACUACAAACAGUUAAAAUCAGCAAAAGUCAUUCCCUACAUAGUGAGGUGUUUUAUGUAUACUAUUUCUAAACACCAAAAUAGUAAACAAUCAAUGAAGACAGAACUCGCCACUAUAGUGCCACAUAUUUUUGGACACCAUGAACAGUGCAGUCCAACUUGGUGUACAUAUGUUAAAGAUCCAACUAAAUUUAGGUAAUUUAUACCAUGACAUUGAUCCCUGGUCUGAUGAAGUGAUCAUUUAAUGUUUCAAUGCUGCAAUAUUUUUUUAACAAGUUCUUAAUUCCUAGAGUUCAGUAAAGUAUAUGUUAAAUUAAAACAAUUGUAGGGCUGUGUGAGCUAUUGUCAUCAUUAUGUAUUAAUCAUGCAUCCAUCUUUGUCUUAGCCCAUCUGAUAACUUUCAAACCUUCUUUCUUCUAAUUAAAGUACAGUGUGAAUUGAAAAUAAACUUUAAUGAUAAGGAUUUAAUUUUUCACAUUUGAUCACAUGUCAUAUUAAUAUUUACUACAGUAACAUGUAGAUGCGUUCAGAACAAAAAAGAUCAUUAGACUGAAUAACAAUUUUACAAUUCUGCUAUUAGUGUAGAAAAAAACCCAGUGGCAGUGCAAUCUCAUUUUCUGUUUGUUUAUAAAUAUUACAGAUUCAAACAUUUACCCAAUGGGAAAGCCCUUUCUGGAGACAAGCUGAGGGAAGAGCUGGACAAGUUGGCACAAAGUUAUAUUGAAAGAGCAGAUAGGCUGUUAAAUCUAGGAUCAACACAGUCAAACGAAAGUUUCAACAACAGUGUUGCUAGUUUUGCCCCAAAAAAACAGGUUUUAUGGAGGAACUAAAUCAUUAAAAGCUAGGGUGUCUUCAGCUGUGAUGCAAAAGAAUGAAGGCUAUGGUUGGUUAAGCAAGGUGAAUAAGAAGUCUCUACUCUCUCCUGGACAUUUGACCAUACUUCAUGGAAUUCGAAAGGAUCGAAGGCGUAAACUGAUUAGGAAAACACAGUCAACUACUAAUUUCAAAAGAAAAAGACUCACAAUAAAGUCCAAGAAAUUGAAAGAUAAUCAGCGAGAAUCAGUAAAAGAGGGAGACACCUAUGGAGGAGAAAUAGAAGUGCAAGAACAUAUUGACACAGAAACUAUUCCAUCGAAGAUGAAGUUUGGAGGAGAAGAAUCAGUAGUAGUUUUUGAUUUAGAAACAACAGGAUUAUCCAGGAAGUCUGAUAUAACUCAGCUGGCAGCAUUUGAUGGAACCACUGUUUUUAAUGAGUAUGUAUCACCUAGGGAAGUUAUUUCACCCAAAUCAUCAGAAAUAACAGAAUUGACUUUUGAUUUUUCUUGUGAUCAGAUGUACCAUCAUGGUAAACCAGUUAAAAGCAGAGACAUUCAGAUUGUACUCCUGGAAUUUAUUGAGUUUAUAAGCAAAAAGAAGAAACCAAUUCUUUUCGGUCACAACAUUGCUUCGUUUGACAUUCCCAUAUUGAUGAACAAACUACGUCAGCACAGUCUUCUUUCAGAAUUCAUGUUACAUAUUUAUGGGUGCAUUGAUACAAUAAAAUUGGCAAGAAGGAAAUUCAAAACUAAAGACAUUGGAAAUCAUAAACAACAAACAUUGGUCACAAAAUUACUUGGCGUAGAAUAUGAUGCUCACAAUGCAUGUGCUGAUGUCACAAGUCUAUUUCAACUUCUUGCGCACUUUGAAUAUUCAGAAAAGGAUGUUUUUCCAUUCAAUUCAGCUUUGCUAACAGAUUCCUACAUUCCCUUGAUAAGGGCCUCACGCAUCACCAAGCUUACAGCAAGAAGAUUAGCACACAGUGGACUUUGUCUGAAACAUCUACAGUUAGCAUUUAACAGAGACAGUGAAAAUGGCCUCAAAUCUAUUUUGUUAGAGCAUGGUUUUAAUGCCAAAACAGUCACAUGUUUUACUAAAUAUUUUACAUGUAUUGAGGAAUAACUUGUUAUUGAUGUAACACACAUGUACCACCAAAUCAUAGAAAGUUACAUUCAGUUGCGUAGGAAAAUUUUAUUGGUUAAUAUUCAGUGAUGGUUAGUUUCUUACAUGCAAUGUAUAAUGUACAGUGUCAUCUUUUUCUAUAGUACUAGUGCUGGACAGGACACAACCUUACUCAUGCUAAAUAUGGAAAAAAAAAUGUGGUAUUAUUGCCAAUGCCACAACUUUCCACAAGAGAACAAAAUGACACACAAAAUAACAACUAUAUGUCACUGUACCACUUUCAACAAUGAGCAAAUUCCAUACCACAAGAUCAGCUAUAAAAAGGCCCCGAAAUGUCAAUGUAAUACAAUUCAAUGGGGGAAAACUGACAGUCUAGUUUAUGUACAAAAACAAUUGAGAAACCAAUGUGUACAUGUAACACAUAAACAAACGUCAACCACUGAAUUACAGGCUCCCGAGUUAGAACAGGCACAUUAACACACAAAAUGUGUCAAAGAAAGUAUA